AGAAAAAAGAUCCCAAACCAUCGAUCUGUAACAUUCCAAAACACUGAGCUGGAAAAAUUGUCAGAAUAUGCCACGAGAACGAGAUCCUUUUCCAUUUCCAAGAUUUGAGAACGACCAUACUUUCAAUGGGAUUAAGGAAAUUCAGAAACUGCCCUAUGACAAGCCAGCUCAUCUCGCCCAAAAUGAUGAACCCUGGAGGAGACUCAAUAACACGGGAACAACGUCUAGUUCCCGUCGAACUAUCUUCCAUCGUGAUAUUACAGCACCAAAGGACAGUCUGGACAUUCAUCUAAAAUCAACAUAUGAUCACCAUCUUGGAUUAUUUCAGGACAAGAGCCAAACCCUGACACAGAGGGAAACUGUUGCAGAGAACAAUGCGUCACUGAAAAACAAAGAACAAUUGGAAACUCUAGUGUGCGAGAAUGAAAACAAAGGAAUGAAAUUGUGGGUCGACUCCCAGAAAGCUUCUAUAUACAGCAUUAAAGGCACAAUCGAGUCUCACCACACCGCCUCUACAAACCGAGGUUAUUCAAGGAAGCAUGAUGGCGGAUUUUACACCUUGUAAUGCAAUAAAAUGAGACGACCUCCCAAUUUGAGAUGACCACAUGUACUACACAUACUUCCAGUUUGAUUGUUUUAAAACACAGCUGUUUGAGAGAAAGAAAAAAACGAAAGCAAUGCAGGUAGUUUUCAAGACAAAAGUUACACGGUUUAAAACAAUAACUCAAUAACAUUUUUGUGGCGUGCAGCUCCGUGAUGCUCAUCACUGACCCCAUGGACUCACUUUUAGAAGUUUUGGAGAGAUCAGAAUCGCUUGUAUACUCCCUGAACAAACAGGAAACACUGGGCCGAAACUCAGCACCCUGCCUGCUCUAGUAUAUCUGAUCGAUUCAUCAUUUCUUACCACAAAUUCAAUUGUGGAUGCCCCGAGUAAUGUGAAAUGCCUCACGAUCAUCGCUACAGAAGCUCCCGAGUCGGCUAUUAUCAUCUCUAAAUCCAAGUAGGGCAAAACUUGGAUCAGAUCAAAUAAGAUCACGGUGUAGAUUUUUAAAAUUGAUCACACUAACAAAACACAAACAUUCAUGCAAGCAAUCACUCUCGCAUACUCACACUCCACACACGACUUUCAUUCAAAUGAUCGCUCACAUCCAGGUUGACGUCAUUAACACUGUGGCAUCAUGGGAAACAUUUCAACCACCCUAAAAAAAAAACUAUACUACCCUCUUGUGGUUACGUAUUUUAGGACUCAGUAAACAGCAUACUGUAUACUUCACAAUUUUAUAUUUUCUUAAGAUUAUGUAAUAGUAUUUUGCAUGGUAGGACGGAUUAACCAUUUAACUCCAGUAAGGUUUAAACCUGGUUUAAUUGUGGAAGAAUCAAUAUGUUUGCAAA